CCUCUAUAAUCGUGUGUGAAUCAAAUUUUAAGGUACCUUUUUCCUUACAUGAGGAAUGCUGAGAAUUUCACUAUGCCAAGUUAUUGGAUUAAGGAGAGGGCACCUCGACUCAACCCAAUUAUUCCUUUGGUGUGAUCCUUGCUUACAGUCCGAUAGUUGCAACCAAAGAUGAUUUCUCCUAGAUCCAGGAGAGUACCCCUAGUGUAUUUCACUGACAAUAAGCCUCCUUCAUAUCCUUGUCGAAACCUGCAAUAGACGCUUGCAAGAGUGCAAAAUUUGCAAUGAAUUUCUAGGCUGUUACAUCCUAGCUCAUGGCAGUAAAGGCUUCUUGAGUUUUUGCAUAUUAAGCGAGGGAAUUUAUUGAACUCCACAGAAUCUCACUUCCAGUGUCUACCACAGCUUUCACUUCUGCAAGUUCAACACCAUCUCCUAUAGUGAAUCUUGCAAUGACAUCAAGAUUUUCUUCAUUUGCCACUUCAGUUGUAGCAGCUACUGGUAGAUUUAUUGCUCCUGGGUGGUUCAUGAAUUGUGAUACAAAUGCCGAACGAUUGUUCGAGCACGUUAACAGAUCAUAGUGAUAGGCAUUGAGAAGCCAUCUUUGGUGGUGGUGCUGGUGAUUGUAAAAUGAAUGGAAAUGGUAAUGGAGGCAAUCAGGGAAGACGCUAUAAACAAUAUAAAGUUCUAAGAAAGAAUUCUUCUUGGGAAGAGAAGACUCCAUUAAUGGAAUAAUGGUGAAAGAAGGGAGGGACUCUGAAUGAAGAAAGAUAGAUAAAAUGAGUGAAGUGACGGUGACACGGUGAUGAAUUAUUGACUUGCAGUCAAGAUAUGUGUUUUUUUAUUUGUCUAAGCACAUCUUUUUUUAAUUUUAGUAUUUUAUCAACCACUUUAUUUUCUUUAUAUAUUCUCGAACACUUUUUUGGGUUAUAUAGGAGAGGGAGAACCUAGCUACUAUCUCUCGAUUACCCUUCCUGCUCUCGCCUAUUCUACUCUCUUCUCCUUCUCCCACUGUUGUGCACUUAAAUCUGCUUUGUAUUAGUUCGUUGUUGCUGAGGAAGCGGGCAUCAGAUUUUUGGGGAUAGGCUUUCAGCUAAAGUGGGGGAACCAAUGACAUACUUAAAAUGCCAAAGAAAGCCUUUCCACCACUGGAAUUUCCUGAGCUUGGAAGUUGCAACCUUCUGCAGUCAUUUUUGAACAAUGAGCUAAAUUCUGUGGUGGAAUUAGCAGCAGAGAAAGGUUGCUAUGGUGAUAACUUUCUUCAAAGAUUGGUCAUCAAUGGUUGGCUUACAAAAUUAGCAUUCCUCUGUGGCCAUAUAGAAAAACCAGUAGCCAUUUGGUCCUUCAACACCAUGUUAUAUUCAUCAAAUGAAGAGCUCCGAAACUCAUCCUCUGACUUUUGGUGUGCAGUUCUCUCUUCUAGAAAAGAGGUUGAUGAAUUGCCUGUCAAAAUUGGUUGGUUUCCUGAGUACUCGGAUUUGAGAAGAGCUCUUGACCCUUAUGGGUUUCUUUUUGAAUUUUCAUCCAGUGGUGAACCCAAAAAUUUAGGCAACCAUGUUGAGAUAUUUUCAGAAUUUCAAGUGGAACAGCAAAGACAUUGCUACAUAAAUUUAUUGCCAUCCUUUUGAGAAAAUCUACUUGUCUCCUAGAUUCUGACACUGGAGAACCACCCUCAAAAUAUUCGAGCCUGGCUCAAAUUUGUCACUGCUUGUUGUCUAAUACGGAGUAAACGACCAGCAUUUUCUGUUGUAGAAGCUGAAGAACUCAUUGAAAGCAUUGUAUGUCUAUUCCUAGAUCACCAGUUUCAAGGUUUAUUAGUGCUUUUGAAUGAUUGCAUGCAAGCCAUUGUUAAUUACUUCACAGACCAGGAAUGGCAUUCAAGUUGUGAGAACAUAGCAAAAUUCGUUGCUUCCAGGUUGUUAUUACUUUUGGUGUCAGUAAUAGUAAUUCAGUUAUGCUACAAACUUCUUUGGCACCACAAAACUUCCUUAUAUAGAUAGAUAACAUCAACCUUGUGCUACUUCAUGAAUCAAAAUACAUAGUUAUUCAUCACUUGUUCAAUUUUUGAGGGAGGAAUUAAUACAGAGUAGCUCAGCUAGAAAGCCUUGGAGUUGGGGAGGCUUUGAAGGACCAAGGAGUGUGCAGGUGGAACUAUGUUCUCAGAAAUGUUCAACAACAUGUGAAGAGCCAUGUUAGAUCGUUUUCACAGUUUCCUUCUUCUUCCUCUGCUAUGGUCUCCAUUACAGUACUCAAGAGGUCCCAAAAAGCUAAGCAGUCAUUGGAAUCAUUAAGAGAAGUCAUGUACUUAUCUUGUUGGGGUCCUAUCUAAAUGUUAGUAAUGAGAUCCAUUUAGGACAAUAGAGAAACAAAUUUUCAUCUUUGAUGUUACUAGCUAGGCUUUGGACAUGUGAGAAGAAGACCGAUAAAACAUCCCGUCAAGAGGGUGGAUGAGAUGGAAGAUGGACAAAGGCGAAAGGUAGAGGAAAACCUAAGAAGACCAUCCAUGAGGUGGUUAAACGAGAUCUACAUGUAAAUGGUUUCUCUGUAAACAUGAUACAUGACAGAUCACAAUGGCGUCGUUUGAUUUAUGUAGCCGACCCCACUUAGUGGGACGAGGCUUUGUUGUUGUUUAUGCUACUAGCUAGGCCAUGAUUCCAUGUAGUCUUAUAAGGUGGGGUAAUAUAAAGCAAUUAUUUCAUCUUGUAUACAUAACAUCAUCGUAUGGUACAAGAUGAAUACAAGAGUUGUUUGGUUAUAAUGAUUCUUCUUCAAUAUAGAAUGCUUACUUUUUUGUUAAGGUAGAAAACUCCUAUUUUCAUGAUAUGUUGUGGUGUUGGGAGAAUUCCUUUGACUAUUUUUAGUCUCUUAAUUUUGGGUAAGUGUUCAUCAAAUCAAAUUCUAUCUUUAAAAACAUAACACCAUAGGUUUGAUUAUGCAUAGGUUGGAUGAUGUGAGGGAUCAUCAUUCAAAUUCAGUAUUUGUUAGUUGUUGCCAUAAAAUAUCGUUCAAAUAA